AAAGGCAGCAGACAACCGAUUGAAAGUGGAAUAAACAAACCUAGAUAAACACCAAUUCAAAGGGAAAUGUGUAUAGAACGGUUCUCGAUCGGCGGUGUUUGCUUUUUGUAAUUUUAUUUCGUGCAAACAGUGAAAAAUUGAAAAGUUUCGAAGAACUUUGUUUGUUUGAUUUUAAAGUGUUUGUUUUAGUUUUCCUUGCUUACCGGUUAUUAAUUGUGCUUUUGUGUCCAUGGUGCCGAUUGAUAACAUUCUGCAAAAUCACGUCUAUCUCAUCCAAGUCAAGAAAUACUUGAAAGCAACGCAUUACGAUGAAAGAUUUGAAAACGGAGACCCAAGCGAACGGCAGUCUCCCGAAACUGGAGACCAGCAGGUGUGGCAGCAGUGGCGAGGCGCUGCUAAAGCCAUCCUUUCUGCCCAUGGCAUUGGAAUCGUCUGAACCUGCCCCGGAUCAGAAGUCCCGCGACAACUGGGGCAGUUCGCUGGAGUUCCUAAUGUCCUGCAUCGCCCUGAGCGUGGGAUUAGGCAACGUGUGGCGGUUCCCAUUCACGGCCCUGGAAAACGGGGGAGGUGCCUUCCUAAUUCCCUACCUUAUCGUCCUGUUCGUGGUAGGAAAGCCGAUUUACUACAUGGAGAUGCUGCUGGGACAGUUCUCCAGUCGUGGCAUCGUGCAGGUCUUUGACUUUGCCCCCCUCAUGAGAGGCGUUGGCUAUGCCCAGCUAUUGGCCCUCGGAGUUUUGGCCACAUACUAUGCCUCGGUGAUGGCCUUAACAUUGCGAUACUUCUUCGACUCCUUCGCUUCGGAGUUGCCCUGGAGCUACUGCCGUCCGGAGUGGGGUGAUGGGUGCGUGAGUGCAUCCGGAGGUCAGCCUGUUCCGAGUCAGUUAUCCCGAAACUUCAGUUCCUCUACGCAGCUCUACCUGCAACGCAUCGUGCUGAAUGAGACGGACUCGCUGGACCAGGGCAUAGGCUAUCCCAGUGGCAGCUUGGCCCUGAUGCUGGGACUAUCCUGGCUGACAGUGACGCUGAUCAUCAUCAGGGGCGUGAAGAGUUCCGGCAAGGCGGCCUAUGUCCUGGCCCUGUUCCCAUACGUGGUAAUGUUCAUCCUGCUCGUGCGAGCCCUGACUUUGCCGGGUGCUUAUGAGGGUGUGAUGUACUUCCUCACUCCACAGUGGGGUAAGCUUUUGGAGCCAGAGGUAUGGUACAAUGCCGUGACCCAGGUGUUCUUCUCCCUGGCCGUUUGCUUUGGCGUGAUCAUCAUGUACUCCUCGUACAACCGAUUUGGGCACAAUGUCUAUAGGGACGCCAACAUCGUGACCACUCUGGACACAUUCACCUCGCUGCUCUCGGGUGUGAUUAUCUUUGGAAUCCUGGGCAACUUGGCCCACGAGUCGGGCACCAAGGACAUUGCCAGUGUGGUGAAGGCGGGUCCUGGACUGGCCUUCAUCUCCUAUCCGGACGCCAUUGCCAAGUUCAAGAUGUUGCCGCAGGUCUUCUCGCUACUCUUCUUCGUCAUGCUGUUCAUGCUGGGCGUGGGCAGCAAUGUGGGCAUGGUCAGCUGCAUUAUGACCGUGCUGAAGGAUCAGUUCGUGAAUGUCAAACUGUGGAUCAUCGUGGUGUGCCUCUCGUUGAUUGGAUUUCUUGUGGGUCUGAUCUACAUCACGCCCGGGGGUCAGCAUAUCAUCACGCUGAUGGACUUUCACGGCGUGACCUUCGUGUCCUUGGUGUCGGCCAUCUUCGAGCUGAUUGCCGUGGGCUGGAUCUACGGCACCAAGCGCCUCUGCCAGGAUGCCGAGUACAUGCUGAACAUCAAGACUUCCAACUACUACAGGAUAUGCUGGUCCAUCGUCACUCCGCUGGUGAUGGUUGUCAUCCUGGUGUACAGUUUGCUCACCAUGCGUCCACUCAGCUACAAUGGACAGGAGUUCCCGCUGUCCUACAGAAUUUUCGGCUGGUGUGUUUCGGGCUUCAUUAUCGGCCAGCUGUUCUACUGGGCCUUUUAUGCCAACUGCAAGCAGCCAAAGGGCACGCUGAAGAGCCGCAUUAGCAAUUCAAUUAAGCCGCACUCCGAUUGGGGUCCUUUGGACUCCAAAAAGCUGAUGGACUACCAGAUGUUCCUGCGCAACAAGGACGAGAACGAUUCCAGGGACAUAAAUCGUCGCAGUGUUUGUUAUCCAAUUGCGGAUCGGAUAUUCGGUUAAGCCAGAAUUUUAUAUAUAUUUAUGUAGUAUAUAUCAUGUAGUCAUCUGUCAUCUUUAAAGCGUAUUUCCCUUUAUUUUGUAUUAUUUCCUAGUUGGAAAUUCGGAAAGACAACUUGUUUUGUUGUACUUCAUAUAUUUUAUAUACAUUUUUAUUUAUACAAAAUGAAAUCAAACAAAAAUCAAUUAA